GUUUGGGGCGGCGGCGACGUCAGCGCGCUGGCGGUGGCGGGUGACGUGGCGCGGCUGGCUGGCUGGCGGGUGGACGGUCGGGCGGCAGCCAUGGGUCUCAGCAUCUCAUCCCUCUUGAAGAGGUACUUCGGCUCCCGCCAGAUGCGCAUACUCAUGGUUGGUUUGGAUGCUGCUGGUAAAACGACCAUCUUAUACAAGUUGAAACUCGGGGACGUUGUAACAACUAUUCCGACCAUUGGAUUCAAUGUGGAAACAGUGGAGUACAGCAGGACGUGUUUUACUGUGUGGGAUGUUGGCGGACAAGACAAAAUCCGGCCUCUCUGGAGGCACUAUUUCCAGAACACGGAGGGUCUUAUCUUUGUGGUCGACAGCAAUGAUCGGGAGAGAAUUCAAGAGGCAGCAGAGGAGCUGAAUAAAAUGCUUCAAGAAGAUGAAUUAAGAAAUGCCGUUUUACUAGUCUUUGCCAACAAACAAGACUUGCCAAAUGCCUUGUCCGUCACCGAAAUCACAGAUAAAUUAGGACUGCGGAACCUUCACAACAAAGUUUGGUACGUUCAGGCUACGUGUGCUUCCGAAGGAAACGGCUUGUAUGAAGGACUUGACUGGCUGUCAGCUGAACUGUCCAAAUCCUAGACCUGGCACCACCUUCAAUCUGGCGACUCUGUUUUAUUUAACAGGACAUGAUUGGUAACUUUAUCCUAUUGCUAUUGACUAGUUUUCAACUCUUAAAUAUUGUGGUCUCUGGAGCAUUUUUUGGGAAUAGCACAACUUGAUUUUUGACCUCUUAAUUGUUGCCAACAUUUGUGGUAGGUUGUUUGUAAGUUGGAAGUUUAAACCGAUAAUUUAGUUCUCUCAUUGUGGUGAAAGUACAUUUCUUCCAAUUUAUCUUCCAAUUGAAGCUACUGGCCGUACAUAACUUCUGUAAUAGCUUAAGAAUUUAACAUCAAAUACAUUUGUACCCAAUGAAUGAUUAUUUUAACAUUUUGUUCACCCUUUUUGUUUGGACUUUGUGAUGCAUCGGAUCAUUCCAGAACACUUUGCUUUGAUACCAUUCCAUUCUGUGACAACUGUCACCUGUUACUGUCACUUUAAUAAUAUUGGGUGUGGCCGCAGCAUAGAUUUGAGCAAAAUGGUGGAUGCUCAAUUUAGAAUUGGGAAAGCAUAUUUUCGUUCUGGAAAAUUCAUUGAUUGUGUAGAAAUUCCUUUGACGUUUCACCCUUGGAUCCACCAUAACAGCCAGGGCAACCCUGUUAUGUAGUGUAACAACUUCAAAGGUCUUUCGUCAAUAAUCUUUUAUGAUGCUGGCUAGUUUAAUGCAAGAUGACAUGUUUAAAUUAGUACAUGUUUUUUGCACUAUGGCUGGUUUCAGUAGACCAGAUUCAUUCAUCCAUCAUCACUCAUGUUUAAUGCUACACACUCCACCAUUCUUUCUUUCUGCUGGAAGACAAGCAUCAGGCUGCGGGCCCUAUUGCAGUGUAAAUAUCAGAACUUUUAUAUAACAAAUUCUUGAACAUGCUUGGUUUCACGAUGGCAUUUCUAUCUACUUAGGGCUCUAUUGUAAUGCAAGUUGUAACUUCUUUAAGUGUUGCAUGUUGCUUUUGAUAUCAGGGUGCGAUGUUAUUCAGUGUGACUGAGGUUAUUUCUCCAGGGCUGACAUGUCUUAAUGAAACUGGAUAAUCAAAAUUUGGAUAAUGAAAGGUGUCUGUGUAAUGCAUUGACAUGAAUCAGAUGAAAUAAAAGUUUAUACAACAUUGUCAAUUUAA